GUCACGUUCGAGUAGACUACAUGUAAACACUAGAAGCUCUUCCAUAAAUUUGAUGAUAACUAUCAUUAAAUAUGAAUUCAAAAACAUACCGGUGCUGUGCAGUCCCUCAGUGUACUAAUACUUCAAUAAAAACUCCGAACAAGUUAUUUGUGUUCCUCCCGUACAAAAAAACAACACGAACCAAGUGGCUUAAACUUGCAAGACGAGAAUCAACGGGAAUAUUACCCAGUACUCAGCUUUAUUUUUGUGAAGAUCACUUCGACUUGCCAAAUGAUAUGGAAAACUAUAUGCAAUAUCAUUUGAUGGGGUCAGUGUCGCAGAUUCGUAUGAAACAGGGGUGUAUUCCCACAAGAUUCAGCUGUCAACCCGAUAGGAGAAAACGUACCUCUGAUACAACAAAACGACAAUAUAUUCUCAAAAAACAAAGAAAGAUGACAAUUGAACAGUGUGAGAAAGAAGUAGAAGAAAGAAGCACUAUUGCUAAAAAACAAUUGGAACUUGAAGAGACUUCAUUUGGAAGUUCAGUUUUGCAACCAAGUGUUUCCCAAGAAGAUGUACGUAAGACUGCAAACAAAUGUAUUCAAGUACACAUGACAUAUAAGUUCAGAAGUAAAGCCAUUCAAACGGCUGAUUAAUUUACAAAACUCAAUAAUUGAAUAAAACUAGAUAUAUAUUUCAUAA